GCCUGACACUCCCUUCCCGUGUCACAAUCCCCAAAUUCUUCAUCAUCUUCUUCUCCUCCUCCUCAUACUUCUCCCCUUGAUUUUUUCCUCUUUCCUAUUUUUGCUCAUCGGCGAUUCUCGGCGCGGAGCGAAAGACAAUGGCGCCUGCGAUCGCUCAGGCCGGCGACGGCGACAAGCAAUCUCUCGUAUUUGCAUACUAUGUCACUGGCCAUGGCUUCGGACAUGCUACUCGUGUUGUCGAGGUUGCUCGGAAUCUCAUUUUAGCUGGACAUGAUGUUCAUGUGAUUACGGGUGCACCCGAUUUUGUUUUCACUUCAGAGAUACAGUCUCCCAGACUUUUUCUUCGCAAGGUACUCUUAGAUUGUGGAGCAGUUCAAGCCGAUGCUUUGACAGUGGAUCGUCUAGCCUCAUUAGAAAAAUAUUCUGAGACAGCUGUUGUACCACGUGCAUCUAUUUUGGCUACAGAAGUGGAGUGGCUUAAAUCCAUCAAAGCAGACUUAGUGGUUUCAGAUGUUGUUCCAGUUGCUUGCCGGGCAGCAGCUGAUGCUGGGAUUCCCUCUGUCUGUGUCACCAACUUCAGUUGGGACUUCAUCUAUGCAGAAUAUGUUAUGGCAGCUGGAAACCAUCACCGAUCUAUUGUUUGGCAGAUUGCGGAGGAUUAUUCUCAUUGUGAAUUCCUUAUCCGGCUCCCAGGAUUCUGCCCAAUGCCUGCUUUCCGAGAUGUAAUUGAUGUACCUCUGGUUGUCCGGAGACUGCACAAAUCCCGUGAAGUGGUGAGGAGAGAGCUGGGAAUUGGAGAGGAGGUGAAGGUUGUAAUUCUCAAUUUUGGUGGGCAGCCUGCAGGUUGGAAGUUGAAGCAGGAGUACUUACCUUCUGGCUGGCUCUGCCUGGUUUGUGGUGCUUCUGAUAGUCAGCAGUUGCCUCCAAACUUUAUAAAGCUUGCAAAAGAUGCUUACACCCCUGACCUUAUGGCAGCAUCUGACUGUAUGUUAGGAAAAAUCGGGUAUGGUACUGUUAGUGAGGCCCUUGCAUACAAGCUACCAUUUGUCUUUGUGCGUAGAGACUACUUUAAUGAAGAACCUUUCCUGAGAAAUAUGCUUGAGAACUAUCAAAGUGGUGUCGAGAUGAUCAGGAGGGAUUUACUUACUGGGCGUUGGAGACCUUACCUUGAACGUUCAAUUAGUCUGACACCAUGCUACGAGGGAGGCACUAAUGGUGGUGAGGUUGCAGCCACUAUUUUGCAAGACACUGCUUCAGGGAAGAACUAUACGGCAGAUAAGCUAAGUGGGCCAAGAAGACUGCGAGAUGCUAUAAUUCUUGGAUACCAAUUGCAAAGAGUGCCUGGAAGAGAUCUUUUGGUUCCAGAUUGGUAUGCAAAUGCUGAAAAUGAACUUGGCCUUCGUCUUGGAUCACCGCCUCCUGUAACAGAAGAGGGUAGUUUUGUAACAACCAUAAAGCCUGAAAACUUUGAAAUUCUACAUGGCGAUUCUCAAGGCCUGUCAGAUACAACAAGCUUCUUGAAAAACUUAGGUGAUUUAGCAUAUGACUCUUCACAAAGUACUGAGAAGCACCAGAAGAGGGAGCAAAAGGCUGCUGCUGGUCUCUUCAAUUGGGAGGAAGACAUUUUUGUGGCUAGGGCACCUGGAAGGCUAGAUGUCAUGGGAGGAAUUGCUGACUAUUCUGGUAGCCUUGUUUUGCAGUUGCCGAUUAAGGAGGCUUGCCAUGUUGCAGUGCAAACAAUUCAUCCAAUUAAACAGAAGCUGUGGAAGCAUGCUCAGGCUCGACAACAGGCCAAAGGGCAUGUACUGACACCAGUCCUGCAGAUUGUAUGUGAUUUCUUUGGAAUUGCUUCAACUGAUUUUGCAUUGAAAUAACUAAACUUAAUUUUUUCUUUUGAAAUGCCAUUAUACUAUCAUUCCU